AUGGAAGUGUAUCCAAAUCCAAAGGUAGAUCAAUUUUCUGAAACAAGAUUCUAUCGUCCUGGUGACAAUUACCUCACAAUAAAUGGUGAUGACCUCAAUGUAGGAGCAAUGGAAAGGGAUAUCAAAAUUACGGUUGGCGGAGUUGACUGUCAGUUGACUGCUCUAGCCAGAAAAGUCCUCACUUGUAAACCUCCAACGGAGAAGCCGGAUCUGGAGAGUGGUUUGCUACCAGAAGUAGUAGUGAAAGUUGGUGGCAUAAGCUACAGCGUUGGCCUGUUCUCCUACGAUUCUCCGUCAGUUACAUCGGGUGUGAUAGUAGUGAUUCUAGGAUGUAAGCUGCAAUCUUUUAUCGAAAUCUACUUCAAAGCAAUUAUGAAUUGCUCGGUCAAAAUUUGUACUACUGGUAUGAAUUGGCGUGAAUUCAGACGGAAAACGAACUCUCAUCAGCGACAAAUGAAAUAUCUAAAGACUCAGAUGGAUACAAUUGAGAUGAAAGUAAGGUUACAUAUAUCUGCGGUAGCGACAGAAUGCAAGGAAGCCUUUGCUGAGUUGCAAACAUCUUUGAAUCAGUAUACUGCUGACCUCCCUCUUGGAACACCUAUAGUACCCUUUUUGGAAUACAAGGAUUACUGUGCGAGGGUACUGUUUCCGAACAAUCCGCACAACCAUCCAGUACUUCGAGAUCUAGAAGUCGACAGCCAGAAAGCU